AUCUGACAGGGAUCCAGCCGUGUUUCGAUGGGGAAGAGGCGCGCACUUGCCUGUGUUGACACUGGACGGAUAUGCGGCGAUGCUCUUGCGUGUGAACGCGUUUGCAGUGCUCUCUAAGCAGCUACGUUCAGAUUUUGCCUCGAAUGAGAGAUUGGGAAGAAGAGGAAGUGCGACCAUCAUCAGAAGAAAAAAAAAAACGCUGUCUUUUGGUCCAUCGCGUCUGUUCGGUGGCAGCGGCCCGUCGAUUGGCAGAUGAAGCCGGGGGCUGAAUUGGAAACGUCGCAGGGAUGUGCUGAAAGCUUGAUGAUGAAAGGAAGUCGAGGAGGAGAGAGGGGGAGUGAGCCCUUCUUGGCCCAGAACAGGUUUUAAUUGGACCCUUGCAAAAGCAGUGCCUGCCUGGGGUCAGGAGGUGAUGGCAGUGCUGACUGAGCUUCACCACCACUAUUACCCAUUCCAUGAGAAAAUGCACACUUCCCUCCAGCACGCCUGAGCCUGCACUCAGCGCUGCCCCCUUCCCCUCCUCUCCUUCUGCAUAUAUUCACCCCAGGUUUGAAUUUCACUAUACAUCUACAAGCUUACUUUAUCAUGGCUUGCUACGGACGCUCUCUGGACUCCCCAUGCACACUAGCCUUGCUGGUGGGCUUCCAGUUUGCCUUUGUUCUCUAUUUCUCCCUUGGGGGCUUCAGAGGCCUGGUGUCUGUCCUGGUGCACACCACAGAGGCGGAGUUCGAUUACUCUCGACCUCACGACGUUUAUACCAACCUCAGUCAUCUGGGAGUACCACCUCCCCCGCCUCGCAACUCUGGCACUGGACCCCCUGCCACAGGACCACCGCUGAGAGACUGCCAGAUCCCUUCCCCGCUGCUGGUUGGACCUGUGUCUGUCCAUCUUUUCUCUCCUCUGUCUAUGGAGGAGAUCAGACAGAGGAACCCGUUAGUGUUGCCAGGCGGACGCUACCGACCUCCAGACUGUGAGCCCCGCCACCACACGGCUAUAGUGGUACCAUACCGGAACCGGCAGACCCACCUUCGUGCCCUCCUCUACCACCUCCACCCCUUCCUGCAAAGACAGCAGAUCCACUACAGCAUAUAUAUAGUACAGCAGUGGGGGAACGGUACUUUUAACCGAGCCAAGUUGCUGAAUGUUGGGGUGCGGGAGGCCCUCAGAGAUGAAGACUGGAGCUGCAUCUUCCUGCACGAUGUUGACCUGCUGCCCGAGAAUGACCACAACACUUAUACCUGCCACAAACAGUUCCCCACACACCUGUCUGUGGCCAUGGACAAGUUCAAAUACAGGCUGCCGUACCCACAGUAUUUUGGCGGGGUUUCUGCAGUGACCCCAGACCAGUACAUGAAGAUGAACGGCUUCCCUAACCAGUACUGGGGCUGGGGUGGAGAGGAUGAUGACAUUGCUGCCAGAGUUCGUCUAUCUGGCAUGAAGAUCAUGCGCCCUCCAGUGGCCAUUGGCCAUUACAAGAUGAUCAAGCAUAAAGGAGACAGAGGCAAUGAACAAAACCCACGCAGAUUUGACCUUCUGAAAAGGACCAGACUCAACUGGCGCUCUGAUGGCCUCAACUCUUUGACCUACGAGCUCCUUUCCAGAGAGCUGGAGCCUCUCUACACCAACCUCACCGUCGACAUUGGAGAAGAUCCUAGACUGCCCCAGAGGAAAGUACCCUCCCCUGUAAAAACAACAACCCCUGUCAACCAACGUAGCACCGGUAAGACCGGAGGCACAGCCAAACAGGAGAAGAGGCAAGAGAGCAAAGUGGCAAACAUGACUGUGGCCAAGCCGGCUGGUGAACCCGCCCAAUCAAAGGCAGCAAAUCAAACAACACAGGAGAAGACAGGUGUGGUGAAAUAGGAUGAAGUGUAUAAUAAAAGACUGCAUCACAUCUGUAGCAUAAAGUGGCUUCCACCCUUCAUUUUGAUCUGAAAGACAAUAUGGCAGAAAGCAGUUUAGAGCUGUUCUGUUGUGGGACAUGAAAUACACCAGAUAUCUGUGCUCAGUGCAGGUUAGGGAUAGUUAUGCAAUAAAUCAAAUGAAGAAGCCUCUUUUGUCUAAAGGAGUGCAUUUAGGAACACGACUGAGUCACCUCAUGGUUUAUCAUCCAUUGAAUGUGACUCUGGCUCGUGGGACAGACACAAGUUUGUGGCUCCUGAGAUGGAGCCAAGAGAACAACGGUGAACGACUCAGUUGUAUCCACUUAGCAGGCCAAAACGAACUAAAUAAAAGGUACUAUGACAGGUACUAUAUAAAUCUCUGCUCUGUUCCAGACAUUGCAAGUUGUAAGCAGCCCAUGUGCUGCCAGCAGACCUGCAGCUUCAUCCAGUUUGCUCCUAUAAAACUGCUGCUGUCAGUCCGCCCCACUACACGGUGGGUUUGUGUUUGUGUGCCUUCUCUCUUAUAUGUGCAUUUUAUAGACUGGUAUAGUUGCUUUUAGACGCUGACCUGGGGUUAAUUUUACUCCUCACAGGUAAAUGUUAGAAAGCAGCGAGGAAAAAGCUGAUCCUAGAUCCUGAAAAAUGAUUUGUUCAAGGACUGCCGUUUUAUAUAUAGCGCAUUAAGUGUUGACCAACUCCAGAGUUAUCAGACAAUUCUAGAGUUUAUAUUUAUAUAGAGAGACUUCUUUAUUUGUUUAUUGAUUUGUUUUACUCGUCUUUCCUUACAGUCUGGUGCCUCUCUCUCUCUCUCUCUCUCUCUCUAACAUUUAGUUCAUAGACAAUCAAAUCAUAUGGGACGUUAACUCUGUGUCCAACCACAUAACAAAAUGAGGAAAUAUUAUCGUGACUAUCUUUUCACCUGUCAGAUAAACAUAGACUUGGCAUGAUAGUAUUCUAGUUUGACUAUACUCUUGAUACAUGGAUAGACCUGUGCUUCUGAUAAUAUCUGUGAUUUUUAUUAUCUUUCUUUUAGAUUAGUCAGAUAUGGGGAAAUAAAGCAAAUUUGCAGACAAUGUUGUAGGCACUUGUCUACACGUUUACCUGUUUCAGAUUGUAUUUUAAUAAUAAAAAGGUUAUAGUAACGAUAAAGCACUGUGUAUAGCUCUAGGUCAGCUUUUACCUAGAAGGCCUGAUGCCUUUAAAGAGGAUCUUGGUAUGUUAUAAAAAACCAUAGUGCAUCUAAAAGCUAAGAAUGAGUGUCUGCCACUUAUCUGUCUUUAUUUGCUAGAGUUAAGCUUUUGUAUCUUGAAGGAUUGGAGACAAGGAAGAUAAAUAAUUUUAUUCUGAGGGCUGGCAAAUCAUGUUUGUCAUUUAUGUUGACAGAUCAAUUAUCAUUUACUUUACAUCUCACAAACGUUCCGUUUUUUCAUAACCAUUCUGAAUGUAUUAUUUUGAGUUUAUCAGGGGAGCUUUGUUAGUUUUUCGGACGUUGACUUGAAUCUGACCACUCAUUGGAUUUCUUGCUGCUAUUUGACUAGGGGAAUGGUUAACUGUAUGAUUAAUCAGCUUGA